AUGUCUGAAUACAAGCAACCCCCGCAGCCUCCAUUCAAAUUGAACCAAUCACCUGAGCAGGUAAUGCAAGCUACGCAUGAUGGCAUAGCGACCUCUCGAGCCAGCCUGGAUUUGCUCGCGGCUAAGCCAAUGACCGACUGGACUUUUGAUGGAUUUAUUGUACCAUUUUCAGACGAUGAGAACCACAUAGUUCUCGAGUCUACGCUGGUCCAGAUUUAUGGAUACGUUUCCAAAGACAAAGAACUGCGUGACGCCUCCCGCGCAGCUCUUCAGCUAUGGAAUGAAUACGAGCGUGAGGUGAACUCACGUCAAGAUCUCUUCAAUGGUAUCGACGCCGUCUACAAGAAAAGCGAAGAUGGCAGUAUAAUUUUGGAUCCCGAAGAGAGACAUUAUCUCGAUCGAGUAUAUCUCAAAUUCCUCCGCAACGCUGUACACAUCAAUGGGGAAACCAAAGAGCAGUAUCAGGUUUUACAAAAGCGCAUCGACGAGCUGAGUAGAGAGUGUUUGCGAAACGUUCAAGAGGAGACUGAAGGAGUCUGGUUCGAGGAGGCCGAGCUCAAAGGCCUCCCUGCAGCAUAUGUCGUAAAAGGAAAGCGCGAUGCCGACAACAGGGUCUUUGUGGGUUUGAAGAAACACGAUAUGGAUGUUGUACUGAAGUUUGCGACUGAGGAAUCGACCCGCAAGCGCGUAUACAUUGCUGCCGAGAACAAGUGCGCAGAGAAUGUCGCUUUAUUCGAGGAGUUGGUCAGUUCCCGAGCGCGUGUUGCCAGUCUCCUGGGAUAUGCGUCUUUUGCUGAAUACAAGAUUCAAGGCCGCAUGUUGAAUCUCUCACAGGUGAUGGAGCUUCUAAAUUCCAUCAGGAAGCAGGUGGCCGAUAAGGCAGCUUCAGAGAGAGUCAUCCUCAUGGAAGCCAAAAAGCAGUUUCUCAUAGAGCAGGGGAAAUCACAAGAUGAGAUUGAUCCCAGAAUCCAUAUCUGGGACUCACAUUUCUACUCUCAGCUUGUCAGAGCAAAGAAAUUUGACAUCAAUGACAUGGCAGUCGCGGAGUACUUCCCACUUGAGCAUACAUUAUCAGGGAUAUUGAAGAUAUUUGAGCAGAUGUUUGGUCUUCACUUCCAACCCGUCGAUUCUGGCGCAUGGGUUUGGGAUGAAGCUGUAACAGUCUCUGCAGUUUGGAAUGAAGAGUCUAUGGGCGGCGAGUUCCUGGGGUACGUCUAUUUUGACCUCUUCGAACGGCCAGGAAAAUUCAACAACAACUGUAAUGCAUACAUAGCCCCGGGCUUCAGAGGGAGCAGAACAUUUUACCCUGGCAUCGCAUUGCUGGCUUCAUUUUCUUCCAUAGCACCCGUCCUACUGCGACAUCGACAGGUGGUCACACUUUUCCAUGAACUUGGUCACACCAUCCACUAUCUGGUUGGCCAGACACGCUUCGCGAGUACAUAUGGCACCAGUACAGCAUUCGAUUUUGUCGAGAUUCCAAGCUUGAUGCUAGAGAAUUGGUGCUGGACGCCGUCGAUCCUGCAUUCUUUAUCACGGCAUUACACAUACACCUCUGAUCAAGAGAAAGAGGCUUAUUUGAAAUCGCAUGACCACCUCCCCGCAGAGAAACCGCCAAUUGAGCUCUUUGAACGCCUCCUUGCAUCUAAGGCUGUUAACGAAGCAUGUCAAAUGCUGAGCCAACUCCAUUGCACUUUAUAUGAUCUCACAGUUCACGGCACAACCCCGGUAAAGGAUCUUUCAGCCUUGUAUAACCAGAUUCGCAGGGAAUGCACCUCGCUUUUUGGGCCAGAUAGUCAUGGAGAAGGUGACAACUGGGGAUCUGGACAAGCGAGGUUCCAGCACUUCUUUAAGAAUUAUGCCGCGGGGUACUACGUCUAUUUUCUUGGCGAUGCAUUUUCGGGGAUCAUGUUCAAUACUCGGUUCCAGCAAAACCCAUUGGAUGAAGCGGAGGGCCGUCGGUAUCGUCAUAUGGUCCUAGGAAAGGGUGGUAGCUUGCCAGAAUUACCUUUGUUGGAGGAGUUCGUUGGUGGGAAGAUAGAUGCAUCUAAGAUUUUCGGCGCGUAG